UCUCUUCGUAUACGUCCGUAAACUAUUUAUUGGAUUAUUUUCAAUGAAAUAAAUUAUAAAGUAAACUUAUUAUUUCAUUCAGAGUUAACGCAACAAAAAGUGAUUAUCAAGAUACAACGAUUUCUCAGUGUUCCAAGUUUAUUCCUUUGAUACAUGACAAGAUUCUCAGGCUGACUGAAAAUUAUUAAGCUGACGCAACAAAUAUGGCAUUCGCUGGACUCAAGAAACAAAUCAACAAAGCUAAUCAGUAUGUCACAGAAAAAAUGGGAGGUGCCGAGGGCACAAAACUUGAUUUGGACUUCGUGGAAAUGGAAAGAAAAACCGAUGUAACAUGCGAGCUGGUGGAGGAGUUACAGAUGAAGACGAAGGAGUUCCUACAGCCGAACCCCACGGCGCGAGCCAAAAUGGCCGCCGUGAAGGGGAUCAGCAAACUGAGCGGCCAGGCCAAAAGCAACACCUACCCUCAGCCAGAGGGAGUGCUAGGUGACUGCAUGCUGCUAUACGGCAAGAAACUCGGCGAGGACUCUAUAUUCUCACAAUGUCUGAUCGAGAUGGGCGAGGCGCUGAAGCAGAUGGCGGACGUGAAAUACUCCCUCGACGACAACAUCAAGCAGAGCUUUCUCGAGCCGCUACACCAUCUACAGACCAAGGAUCUCAAGGAGGUCAUGCACCACCGGAAAAAACUGCAGGGGCGUAGGCUCGACUUCGACUGUAAGAGACGUCGCCAAGCGAAAGGUGUAAGGAGCCCAUAUUCGAGUCCUAGUCAUUCGGCUCCUAAACAUGACGACGAGAUCAGGCAGGCGGAGGAGAAGUUUGCGGAGUCGUUGUCGCUCGCCCAGAUUGGAAUGUUCAAUUUGCUGGAUAAUGACGUGGAGCAAGUCGCGCAGCUGUCAUUCUUCGCAGAGGGUCUGCUGGAGUACCACCAGCAGUGCACCGAGAUACUGAAGGGGCUCGUCUCCGCGCUCAUGGAGAAGAAAGAGGAAGCGGUGAAUCGUCCGAAACUGGAGUUCGUACCGAAGACCCUUGCUGAUCUCAACAUCGAAGGCAUCCACGACCUGAACCACGGUAGGCGGUUCGGCUCCGCCCAGUCCCUCCGCCCCCGCGCGCGAGCCCCGCCCCCCGCCUCCUCAGUGGGCGACCUCCCCUCCGCCGACCCCCUUCGCGCGUGGGACGUGCGCCCCCAUCCCGCCCCCCGUAGCUACGCCCCCGUAAGAGACCCCUGGACAGCGUCGCCGCUGCCGUCGCCGGUGAAGUCGCCGGCGCGGACGCCGGUGGCCCCCGCCAAGGGGCCGUGCUGUACAGCCCUGUACGACUUCGAGCCUGAGAAUCAAGGAGAGCUGGGAUUCAAGGAGAACGACGUCAUCACACUCAUCAGCAAAGUGGACGAAAACUGGUUCGAGGGCAGCGUCAACGGCAAGACCGGCUUCUUCCCCAUCUCGUACGUGCAGGUCACCGUGCCGCUACCUAACAUGUAAACACCAAAACACCUUUAGCCCACGGGGUCACCAGCGCCAAUGCAGCUAUAAUAUUUCUUUCUUUAAUAGCAUAUACUGAAAAUGGUGUGACGCGAGAUAUUUCAAGUCAUAAUUUGAUUCAAAAUAGCUUAGUUGACGUACUUAUAUGAUAUUUAUUUAUUGUAACCAAAAAAAAUGAAACAUAAAUUAUCUUACUUUGGAGUAUCUACCCAGCGAAAAAUACACGGUUUGCUGACGCAAACUCAUACCGUACUUUGGAAAAACAUCCUAACAGACCUAGUGUUAGCUACUGUUAAGAUGAAACUGCUAUUCUAUUUGUAGUUUUACUGUUUACAUUAGUUAUAUUAAUGUAUUAAAUUUUAAAGAAAAAAUAUUUCUCGUUGCUCCACAUUUUUGAAAUUAAGCAAAGAUCUCUCCAGGUAACAAUUUGACUCGCAAAACACUGAUGGCGAUAUUGUGGUGACCCAGUGUGCAAGGUUUAAGUCAAUACCAUUGGGGUCAUUCAAAACCAACUCCAUAAACCUCGGCAAACAAAUUUUAUUUACAUGGCAACAUAUACAAUUAGUUGUAAAUAUAUACCCCUACAGAUAAAAAUAAACUUAGCAUUCAUGAACUAAAUAAGUAAAUCAAAAAUGGUUGUCAACGCGCAGCAUUGGCUAAGAGAUCUACGAAAUUUAAUUUUAUUUCAAAUAUUUUUGAAUACUAACUCUUAGUUGAAUCUGAUGGACUAGCUAGAAGUUUAUGGAGUUCAUUUUCAAACACCCUGUAUAAUCCGACUUUCUUCGUUAUCUUUCGAAACUCCAACAAAGCAAUCAUACAAAAUCGUCCAAUACUGUUAAUUUGUUGAACUAUAUUUAAGUAAUACAGACGAAGAAAUCUAGGGUCUGUUCAAAUCAGAGAUGCAAAAUAUGUUUUAAAUUUGGAAGUCGAAAGUUAAAUUAUGUGUACAUUUGAAAUCAUGUAUGAAAGUAUGUAUUUAUUAUAUUAUUCUUGUUAAUAUUUUAUCAAUAAUUCUAGGGUGCAUUAGACCAAACAAGAAUAAAUACUUUAUAAAUUCGACACUUAUUAAGUAUAAUUAGUUUUUAAUACCCGCCAUCUAAAAUUUGGUUUAUUCUUGAUUGGUCGCAUGCUUGCAUUUAAAAAAACAUAACUACCACCGAGAAUCUUAGUAUUUCACAAGAUAUGGUCAAUUGAAAAGAGUUUAUAUUAAAAUCGUGUUUUAGAUAGAUAAAUGUUUGCCGAUAUUUUUGUAACAAAAUAAUUUACUGCAAUAUUUUUAGCUCAAUUCAAAUUACAUAUUUAUAAUAAAUAUAUCCAUAAAAUUCAACUUAAAAUCAUAAACUGUAAGAACAGGCUCUCGAUUGUAUAGGGUGACCACAUACAAAAAUAGUUAAGACACUACAUCUUAGGUUUUCACCUGCCUAUAUCGAAACGAUAUACCAAAGACAUCUGUUGCUUUUACAUAUUAAAUAAAUUACCAAAGAAAAAAGGAGUGCUCUCUAAAAUAUUAAACACAUUUGAAGUAUGUGGUCAGCCGGUUUUGAUGAAACACAAAAAAAAUAUUCCCUUAAAGUGUCAAAAGCUCAAGAUGAUAGUUGUUUAAUUAGUUUUACUUUUAUUGAAACAGUGGACCCUUCUGAGCCCCGGUCUUCCAUUUUGUUUCUACCCUCCCUUAUGUAAAUUCUUCGCCAUAAGUUUCGAUGCCAGACGAUGUUAGAUCAGUAGGUUCAUAGUUUUAGUUGCCAAUUGAAAUUAGAUAUCAGGAUUAGAACUGAACUACCUUUACUAACGAGGAAAUUAUUAUGGACGUAUACAAUAGUUUAUUUUUUUUAACUAUAAACUAUAUUAAUUUCGUCCUUCGAAGCUCUGAAUGUAAUAGUCGUCUAGAUAAUGGUUAGAUUUUAUAGUUAUAUAUCUACGGUAAUCUGGUAUAAAUGUAUGUAAACGUGUGUGGCGCGCGACGGUGCGCUAUCGUUGAAUCUUGCCAAUGUUCGUGGCAUUUAAUGUUUCGUGUGUUAUCGGCAAAUAUAUUAUACUAUAUUAUAAUGUCAUUGUGAUAUCAUGUUAAUGGUGCAGUAUUUCGUCGCGUACCCGCUACGCGACUGCGGUUUGUGUGGUAACAAUAGCGUUUUGUAGUUAUGAAUUUAUUUUAAGACAUUAUGAUUUUAAACUUAAGACAUUUAGACUUAAAUUAUGAAUAUUAAAUCGUUCUAUGUGGCUAGAUAUUUUGAAUAUUAAAUGCAUGCUCGUUCACAUUCCUGUCAUGUCGGUGUUGCAACUCAUAUUGACUAAUAUUAGAACACGGACCCCGUUGGAUAACUUCUCUGGCAUACAAAAGACAAUACCUAGAUCUAAUGUUAGACGUAUGUAAGUUCAUAAUAAUAUUGUUCUAUCUUCAAGUGUUUCUUAAGUGUAAGUAUUUUGAGGUAAAUCGAUAAACGAUGAGGGUCUAAGUGUCACGAGGCCGACGGGCUGACUCGUGCGAAACGUCCUGAACCCUGAUGGCAUUUAUACCUGUAUUAUGUUCGACUCAAUGAAUUCAAAUAUUUAUCUGUAAUUCUAUGCUAUAGUAGACGUAUUAAAACAUAACUCAGAGACUUAUUGGAUCAGCCAUCGCGGCGUGUUUGGGCAUUUUUGCUCGGACCUGAAGCUAGAAACGUUAACCCCACUUUUAAAGGAUCUAGUGACAUUUUACAUCGUGUGAACCGUGGCACGCGUAUAGCUUACGGCGGACGUCGACGCAAUUGGUGUGAUGUAAUUCGAUAUAUGUUUGAUAUAAGUAUUGUCGUUCAUGUUACUAUAUAAUACAUCAUCUAUCUACUGUUAUUUGAUAGAUAUCUUGAAAAUUUAAAGGAUGUAUCACGAUUGAUUUGUAUUAAAAUUUUAACCUAAACUUAUUGCUCGUUUCGCCUCCUAAAUAAAAUGUUAUAAUUGAA